CUGGACUUGGCUAUUGAAGGACCUUCAAAAGCAGAGAUCAGUUGCAUUGAUAACAAAGAUGGGACAUGCACAGUCACAUACCUGCCUACUUUACCUGGAAACUACAGCAUCCUGGUCAAAUACAAUGACAAACACAUUCCAGGCAGUCCAUUCACAGCCAAGAUCACAGAUGAUAACAGAAGACGGUCUCAGGUGAAGCUUGGUUCUGCUGCUGACUUCAUGUUGGACAUCAAUGAGACUGAUCUCAGUCUCCUAACAGCCAGCAUUAAAGCCCCGUCUGGUCGUGAUGAGCCUUGUCUUCUGAAGAGACUGCCCAAUAACCACAUUGGCAUCUCAUUCAUUCCACGGGAAGUAGGAGAACAUCUGGUUAGCAUCAAGAAAAACGGGAGCCAUGUACCAAACAGCCCUGUAACAAUCAUGGUGGUCCAGUCUGAGAUCGGGGAUGCCAGACGGGCAAGAGUUUUUGGACGUGGUUUGGUAGAAGGACGAACCUUUGAAAUGUGUGACUUCAUUGUCGACACAAGAGAUGCCG